UGUGUGUGUGUGUGUGUGUGUGUGGGGUGUUUGUGCUGAGCGGGGCUGUUUUCCCCAAUCCUCUUCUUGGCUCGCUGUCCCGCUGCUCCACACAUGGCGGUGAGGCGGGCAGGCCGCCGCGUGCCAACACAGCUGCCUAUUGAGAGGCAGAGGAACGGACACAAUGUGAGUGGCAGACAUGCUGCAUCAACAGCUCUGGCUGUUUUCUGCUGUUGUGGCCAGAUAUAAACCAUAAAUACGCCCUCCCUCCCCCCCACUGCUCCUGUCCUCCCAUGUGUCACCGUCCCUUCCAAACUUCCCAACGCAGACUCACCAACGCAGAGCCGCUGCCUCAUCACUAGCGCGCAGAUCCAGGACACAAGGAGUACAGGAUGUCUGACCAGCAGAGCACUGCCCCAGAGCAGCUGCACCCUGGGACGAGCCAGGGCGGGGCUGUGGCUACCUACAAGGUGGUGCUGUUUGAAUAUGGAAACUUCCGGGGACGCAAGGUGGAGCUUUCCGCUGAGUUGAACGAUGUGACGGAGACGGGUCUUGAGAAGGUGGGCUCGCUGAUAGUGGAGCAGGCACCCUGGGUGGGCUAUGAGUGCCAGGCCUUCAUUGGCGAGCAGUUCAUUCUAGAGAGGGGAGAAUACCCCCACUGGGACUGCUGGACCAGCAGCCAGAGCAGCCCCUCCCUGCUGUCCCUCAGACCGCUCAAAGUGGACAGCGCAGAGCAUAAACUCCACCUGUUUGAGGAAGAGGGCUUCGCCGGGAGGAAGAUGGAGAUUGUGGAGGACGACGUGCCCAGCUUGUGGGGACAUGGCUUCCACGACCGCGUGGGAAGCGCCAAGGCUCUGAACGGAACAUGGGUGGGCUACAUGUACCCCGGCUACAGAGGGCGCCAGUACAUCUUUGAGCGCGGAGACUUCAAGCACUGGAACGACUGGGCGGCCCCCGAGCCCCUGAUCCAGUCUGUCCGCCGCGUCAGGGACAUGCAGUGGCACAAGAGGGGCUGCUUCGACGACCUGGCCCCGGCCCCGGGCCCGGGCCCCGCUCCUGCCCCCGCACCGGGCCCCGCCCCGGCCCCCGCCCCAGGGCCCGCACCGGCCCCUGCCCCGGGCCCCACACCACCCGCACCCCCUGCAGUGGCCGGAGCCAACUGAAGAGGGGCCUCUCCGAGCCCGCCAGCCACAAACACACACACAUGCACACACAAACACACACGCAUGCACAAACACACACGCACGCAUACAACGACUCACACACACACACACAC